AUGGCCUCCAACAUUUCAUUGGACGAGAUCAAGAAUGAGCAAAUCGAUCUUGAGCACAUCCCCAUUGAGGAAGUAUUUGAGCAGCUGAAAUGUUCAAGGGGGGGUUUGACAUCAGAUGACGGAGCAAAAAGGCUCGAAAUCUUUGGCCCUAACAAGCUUGAAGAGAAAAAGGAAAGCAAACUUCUCAAGUUUUUGGGGUUUAUGUGGAAUCCUCUUUCAUGGGUCAUGGAGUGUGCUGCCAUCAUGGCCAUUGCUUUGGCAAAUGGAGGGGGCAAGCCUCCGGAUUGGCAAGACUUUGUUGGUAUUGUUGUGCUGCUCAUUAUCAACUCAACCAUUAGCUUCAUUGAAGAAAACAAUGCAGGCAAUGCUGCUGCUGCCCUUAUGGCCGGUCUCGCUCCCAAAACCAAGGUGUUGAGAGAUGGAAAAUGGAGUGAGCAGGAUGCCGCAAUCUUGGUUCCGGGGGAUUUGAUUAGUGUUAAGUUGGGAGAUAUCAUCCCAGCUGAUGCUCGUCUCUUGGAAGGAGAUCCCCUCAAGAUUGACCAGUCAGCCCUCACUGGUGAGUCCUUGCCUGUAACAAAGCACCCUGGCGAUGAAGUGUUCUCUGGUUCCACCUGCAAGCAAGGUGAAAUCGAGGCUGUGGUUAUUGCCACUGGUGUCCACACUUUCUUUGGCAAGGCUGCUCACCUUGUUGACAGCACCAACCAAGUGGGUCACUUCCAAAAGGUGUUGACUGCCAUUGGGAACUUCUGCAUCUGCUCCAUUGCUGUGGGUAUGGUGAUUGAGGUGGUGGUUAUGUACCCAAUCCAGCACCGGAAAUACAGAGAGGGUAUUGACAAUCUACUAGUGCUGCUCAUUGGGGGCAUCCCAAUUGCCAUGCCAACAGUGUUGUCUGUGACAAUGGCUAUUGGUUCUCAUAGACUGUCCCAGCAAGGUGCCAUUACCAAGAGAAUGACUGCUAUUGAGGAAAUGGCUGGCAUGGAUGUCCUUUGCAGUGACAAGACUGGGACCCUCACCCUCAACAAGCUCACUGUAGACAAGACCUUGAUUGAGGUGUUCCCGAAAAACACGGAUAAGGAUGCUGUUCUCUUGCAUGCUGCAAUGGCUUCUAGAGUUGAGAACCAAGAUGCCAUUGAUGCUUCCAUUGUUGGGAUGUUGGGUGACCCCAAGGAGGCGAGAGCAGGGAUCACAGAGGUGCAUUUCCUGCCCUUCAACCCUGUGGAAAAGCGCACUGCAAUCACCUACAUUGACACCAAUGGCAACUGGCAUCGCAGCAGCAAGGGUGCUCCUGAGCAAAUUAUUGAUCUCUGUGAACUCAAGGGGGAUGUUAGAAAGAAGGCCCAUGAAAUCAUUGACAAUUUUGCCAAUCGUGGUCUUCGAUCUCUGGGUGUUGCACGACAGACUGUACCAGAGAAGACCAAGGAGAGUGCUGGUGCACCUUGGGAGUUUGUUGGUUUGUUGCCUCUCUUUGAUCCUCCAAGACAUGAUAGUGCAGAGACCAUCCGUAAAGCUCUUGAUCUCGGUGUCAAUGUCAAGAUGAUCACUGGUGACCAGCUUGCCAUUGGGAAAGAGACUGGUCGUAGGCUAGGCAUGGGCACCAACAUGUAUCCCUCGUCUUCACUCCUAGGCCAGAGUAAGGAUGAAUCCAUAGCUUCCAUUCCUAUUGAUGAGCUCAUUGAGAAGGCUGAUGGCUUUGCUGGAGUUUUUCCAGAGCACAAGUAUGAGAUUGUUAAGAAGCUGCAGGAGAGAAAGCACAUUUGCGGAAUGACUGGAGAUGGGGUGAAUGAUGCUCCAGCACUCAAGAGGGCAGACAUUGGUAUUGCAGUGGCAGACGCAACUGAUGCAGCCCGAGGUGCAUCUGACAUUGUACUGACCGAGCCAGGACUUAGUGUGAUUGUGAGUGCUGUUUUGACAAGCAGAGCAAUCUUCCAGAGGAUGAAGAACUACACCAUCUAUGCUGUUUCAAUCACAAUUCGUAUUGUGAUGGGGUUCAUGCUUAUUGCUCUGAUCUGGAAGUUUGACUUCUCACCUUUCAUGGUCCUGAUCAUUGCCAUCCUAAAUGAUGGAACCAUCAUGACCAUAUCAAAGGACAGGGUGAAGCCAUCUCCUCUGCCCGACUCAUGGAAGCUCAAGGAAAUCUUUGCCACUGGUGUUGUCCUUGGAAGCUACCUAGCUAUCAUGACUGUGGUGUUCUUCUGGCUUGCAGCUGACACAGAUUUCUUUUCAAAAGUGUUUGGUGUUAGAUCGAUCAGGAGCCACCCAGAUGAGCUUACCGCAGCCCUUUACCUUCAAGUGAGCAUUGUGAGUCAAGCACUCAUCUUUGUGACUAGGUCCCGGAGCUGGUCAUUUGUUGAGCGCCCUGGUUUCUUGCUUGUUAGCGCCUUCAUUGCAGCCCAAUUGGUGGCUACGGUCAUUGCUGUGUAUGCAAAAUGGAGCUUUGCUAGGAUUGAAGGCAUUGGUUGGGGAUGGGCUGGAGUGAUCUGGAUCUUCAGUGUUGUUACCUAUUUCCCUCUUGAUGUCCUCAAGUUCAUCAUCCGCUAUGCACUGAGUGGCAAGGCGUGGGAUUCCAUGAUCCAGAACAAGACGGCUUUCACAACCAAGAAGGAUUAUGGAAAGGGGGAGAGAGAGGCACAGUGGGCGAUGGCUCAACGUACGCUUCACGGUCUCCAGUCUGCAGAAACUCCAGGCCUCUUCAAUGAGAAGAACAAUUACCGGGAGCUGUCUGAGAUUGCUGAGCAGGCUAAGAGACGUGCUGAAGUUGCAAGGUUAAGAGAGCUCCAUACUCUUAAGGGGCACGUUGAAUCAGUGGUAAAGCUAAAGGGUUUGGACAUUGAAACCAUCCAACAACACUACACUGUGUAA